AUGCUGGAGGACCUAGAAGAGACACCUGAACCUAUUUUUCGCACUGAAAACGAUCACCAACCGUUCCGUUUACUCUGGGACAUAGAACAACGGCGAUACAGCCCAGAGGAACUUGACGCUCUUCGAAUAACGCUCCCUGAUGCUAUUUAUUGGCAGUGUGAGGCUAGAAGAUACAGCAACGAGCUAUGUGAGCUGAUAUGGAGGGAUUGCCUCAAGAAAUAUGAGGUGGAAGACGUGGAAGGCGUACAAGGGGUAGCAAAGGCGGAUGGUUGGCGGAAUGUCGCAACGGCAUACAAGCGCCGCUUGAAGAGGCAAGGAUGCACAACAAAACAAUUGAGAGAUUUCAGACUCUUGAUCACGGAUGAGAGACACUGGAAACCUGAGGCAGAACUUCUGCGACAAGUCUCCGCUCGUCGCGAGAGAGAAAGGCAAGAAAAGUAUUUGGAACAGAACGCGUGCGUUCAGGGACUCCCUAGCCCAGCCCAGAGCGAGGUGUAUGAUAUGGACCUACAGCGAAAACCACGACCAGCGCGGCGGUCACAACGAAUCUGCAAACAAUUAGGGGGAAAUAAAGCGGCAGAUGACAGGUGGUCGGGGUUGCGCAGCAGAACUGCGUCUCGAGUUGGAAAACGCUCAGGAAGGGGCAAGCGCUAA